AGUUACUAUACUAGAAGAAACGGAACUUCUAAUAGAUCAAUAAUUCCAUUCGUUCUUUUCAUUCAUUCAUUAUUUCUUGUUAAUGUUGGGUUUCUGAUUCUGUCAAAAAUCUGAAAAUAAAUAUUUGUCUCAUAUCUUACAAUUUUUGUAUUUACGGUUGUCGUUACAAAGUAGUGUUCUCGCUAAUUUAACCCACAUUAAUAAUCGAACACUAGGGCAAUAAUAGGAGUUACCUAACAGUCUAUUUCAACGAGUUUAAGGGUAACGACCAGCACAAGAUGCCAGCGGCGAGCUUUGGAACACUAACAAUGAGCGCUGUUAAAGAAGACUGCACCAUAAAAAAUGUAUGGAAUCACAACCUUCAUGAAGAAUUUCAUGUUAUAAGACAGGUUGUCCAAAAAUAUCACUGGGUAGCAAUGGACACAGAAUUUCCUGGGGUAGUGGCUAGGCCCAUUGGCGAGUUUCGAUCCACUGCAGACUACCAGUACCAACUGCUCAGGUGCAAUGUAGAUCUGUUGAGAAUUAUCCAACUGGGUCUGACCUUCAUGGAUGAAAGUGGAAAGACACCACCUGGAUGUACUACUUGGCAAUUCAACUUCAAGUUUAACUUGCAGGAAGACAUGUAUGCUCAAGACUCCAUUGACUUGCUGCAAAAUUCGGGGCUUCAAUUCAGGGAACAUGAAGAGCAUGGCAUUGAGCCGUUAGAGUUUGCCGAGCUGCUUAUGUCUUCAGGCAUAGUACUAAUGGACAACAUUAAUUGGUUAAGCUUUCACUCGGGCUAUGAUUUUGGCUACCUGCUCAAGCUUCUCACAGAUCAGAACCUGCCACAGGAAGAGAAUGAUUUCUUUGAAAGCUUGAGGCUAUAUUUUCCUACUGUUUAUGAUGUAAAAUAUUUAAUGAAACUGUGCAAGAAUCUGAAAGGUGGUUUGCAAGAAGUAGCUGACCAGUUAGAACUGAGGAGAGUAGGGCCCCAACACCAAGCUGGUUCUGACUCUCAUUUAACUGGCAUGGCGUUUUUCAAGAUCAAAGAGAUUUUCUUUGAUGGAAAUAUAGAGAGCACAAGUGGUCAUCUGUAUGGAUUAGGAACCCCAUUCGCUUCUAAUAUUAAUAUCUUUCAAGACAAUGGUGAGGGCAGUAAUUCGUCGUGAUGAGAUGGAAUUAUAUUUGUGGUUAAGAUGUGAUUUCGAAAUACUACUAAAUCUUAAGAUUUCAUAGAAACAGAUGUGUCUGUUUACUAAAUGUAAUGUAAAUGUAUAAAAAUGUUUGUUGGUAUGUUGUUAUGACUUAGGAAUGUUAUUGUAUUGUACCUGACUUAAGGACAAAAUGAUUUUUAAUUGAU